AUGGGGUUGCCCAGGAACAUUAGGUUAAGAAAGGAGUAUAUUUACAUCAAAAGCUUGGAAGGUGAAGAGCGUCAGCUCUAUGAUAAGAUGCGGAAGAUAAGGGAAGCCCUGCAAGAAGGGAAGCCGAUUCCUACAGAGCUCCGAAACGUGGAGGCGAAGCUUCGUCAGGAGAUUGAUCUUGAAGAUCAAAACACCUCCGCUCCACGCAGUCAAAUUGAUGAUGAAUAUGCAAAAGCAACGGAAAAAGAACCCAAGAUUUUGUUGACUACCUCUAGGGAUCCAAGUGCUCCUCUAUCGCGAUUUGUUAAGGAAUUGAAUAUUGUAUUUCCUAACGCCACGAGAGUGAAUCGUGGUAGUCAGGUCAUUUCUGAGAUUAUUGAAGCAGCUCGUUCGCAUGAUUAUAGUGAUGUGAUAUUUGUUACUGAGAACCGUGGUAAGCCUGAUGGUCUUAUUGUCUCUCAUCUCCCGUUCGGACCAACUGCCUACUUUGAAUUACUUAACGUGGUAACGAGACAUGAAAUUGGAAGCAAGAAAGCAAUGGGAAAAGUGUCUGAGCAAUAUCCUCAUGUCAUUUUUGACAACUUUACAGGCCAGAUGGGUAAAAGAGUUGCGAGCAUGUUAAAACACAUGUUCCCAGUUCCAAAACUGGAUGCAAGACGUAUAGUUACUUUUCAUAAUAAAUCUGAUUAUAUUUCUUUCAGGAAUCAUGUGUAUGAUAAAGGAGAAGGAGGAGGCCUAAAAUCGAUAGAGCUAAAAGAAGUCGGUCCUCGGUUUGAGUUGCGGCUCUACCAGGUGAAGUUGGGAACAAUGGAUCAAGAGGAAGCAGAGGUGGAAUGGGCUCUUAGACCAUACAUGAACUCUGCUAAAAGACGCCGCUUUAUCGGUCAAUAAUGAUUGCUAAAAUUCACCGCUUCUUAACAAACACUUGACCAGUCUUUGUCAAAUUCUGUUUGAUGAUGUGUUGUUAGAGAAAAUUUCAUUCUUGGAUGAUUAUAAUUAGUAAUGAUUACUUCUCAGUUUGUGUUUUACUAUGUUA